AUGAAUUAAUUGAACGAUCAAAAUCCCAAUCAAAUUUUCUCUAUAUUAGGCAGUGCCGUCUCUUGUAUAUUUUUGUAUCUAUUAUAGAAUGUCCCAACUAUGAUUCAAAGUUGAAUUAUCUUUUAGAAUCAAGAAAAAUAUUUUUAUUUAAUUAAGUCUUACAAUAACAAAUUCAGUUUAUAAAAGAUAAAAAUAGUUUAUUGAAUUAAUAAUUAAUUCAACCUUAAAAGAAAUAGAGAAGAAAAGCAAAUGAAAUUUCUAAAAUAUAUAAAUGUACUUAGUGUGAAAAAUCAUAUGGAUCAGAGGCAUCCUUAAAUCUCCACAGUAAAUUAAAACAUCCAAUGAUUGAAUCGGAAUCAAAAACAUAGAUUGAACACAGUUUUUAAAUUUGA